GCCCCUCCCCUCAGGAAUCCGCCCAGAGCUCCUCAGACCUAGCCUCUCUCUUUCCCUUGCCCGCCCCUUCCGACUUCCACCCAAUCCGAAGGCAGUCACACAGAAAACAAAGGCUGCUAUUGGGCCUCCCUGGAGCUCGAGGGCCCGCCCCCGGAGUGGUUUGUGAAUGGGGGGAGGGGAGGGGGCGGGGCGGUCCGGAACCUUGAGAGCCCGACGCUUCUUCUGUAGAGUUGCGCGGCUCCGAGGCGUUACUCUGCGCUCCCUCCCGGCGGGCAGCGCUCCCUCACCGCUCAGAGUUGCGCGGGGCUGGAGAGGCCAGGCCCAGGCCGCGGGCACCAGGACCUCGCAGCCUCGGACGCAGUGUGACUGGAUUUCUUAAAAGAACUCGCCGAGCUCUUGGCUCCAAGACGCCGAUCGGACUCAGAGCGAGAAUUAGCCGUUUGGCUGAAAGUUGGAGCCAAGCUUCUGGGGCUGAAGAAGGAGCAAGAAGCGGAGAAGGAGGCGAAGGAGGAGGCGGCGGCGAGCGGAGCCUCAAGGAGAGGAGGCGGAGCAGCACCGUUGAGGCGGCGGCUUUGGCUAGCAAGCGGGGGCGCCGGGCUCUCGCCUGCCGGGGGCCAGACUUAGUGUGGGGGUGCGGCGCGCGCCCUAUUGAGCUCAGUGAGUCGGGAGACUUGGGCAAACUUUGAAGGGUAACCGGAGACGCUUGUUGCUCCUCGCCGCAGAAAAAGCCGCACCGUUACGUCGCAUCAAGAGGAGAAGGCGGCCCCCCAUCUGCGCCCCCAGCCCAGCGAGACGAGUUUGGACCCCCGGCGGCUGCGCCAGUGCUGGGCGGAGGCGGCGGCGCCCCCGUGGCGGGAGCACCCCAGCUGCAGCGCCCUCUGUUCCGCGCCGCCCACGGCCCAGCCCCGGCGCCGGGAGGACUCUCAUGCGCCCGGCGCAGCGGCGCCUCCCCCGAUCCCAGCCUCUCCCGGCUGCCUGGUCGCGUUUCUCGGGCUGAGAGUGCCGCUGCACCCGCGGCCGGCGAUGCGGGGCUCCUGCGCGGCGGUGUCGCGCUUGCCUCUGGACCUUUGCACCCUGGUGCUGGCGCUGCUGGGCGCACUGCCCGCGGGCGCCGGGGCGCAGCCGUACCACGGAGAGAAGGGCAUCUCAGUGCCAGACCACGGCUUCUGCCAGCCCAUCUCCAUCCCUCUGUGCACGGACAUCGCCUACAACCAGACCAUCUUGCCCAACCUGCUGGGUCACACGAACCAAGAGGAGGCGGGCCUCGAGGUGCACCAGUUCUACCCGCUGGUGAAGGUGCAGUGUUCUCCCGAGCUGCGCUUCUUCCUCUGCUCCAUGUACGCACCCGUGUGUACGGUGCUCGACAAGGCCAUCCCUCCGUGCCGCUCUCUGUGCGAGCGUGCCCGCCAGGGUUGUGAAGCACUCAUGAACAAGUUCGGCUUCCAAUGGCCUGAGCGGCUGCGUUGCGAGAACUUCCCCGUGCACGGCGCUGGCGAGAUCUGCGUGGGCCAAAACACGUCGGACGGCUCCGGGGGCGCGGGCGGCGGCCCCACCGCCUACCCUACUGCACCCUACCUGCCGGACCUGCCCUUCACCGCGCUGCCUCCUGGGGCCGCCGACGGCCGGGGCCGCUCCGCUUUCCCCUUCUCGUGCCCCCGCCAGCUCAAGGUGCCCCCCUACCUGGGCUACCGCUUCCUGGGCGAGCGCGACUGCGGCGCCCCUUGCGAGCCGGGCCGCGCCAAUGGCCUUAUGUACUUUAAGGAGGAGGAGAGGCGCUUCGCCCGCCUCUGGGUGGGCGUGUGGUCUGUGCUGUGCUGCGCCUCGACUCUCUUCACCGUGCUCACCUACCUAGUGGACAUGCGGCGGUUCAGCUACCCGGAGCGGCCCAUCAUCUUCCUGUCAGGCUGCUACUUCAUGGUGGCCGUGGCGCACGUGGCCGGCUUCCUGCUGGAGGACCGCGCGGUGUGCGUGGAGCGCUUCUCCGACGACGGCUACCGCACGGUGGCGCAGGGCACCAAGAAGGAGGGCUGCACCAUCCUCUUCAUGGUGCUCUACUUCUUCGGCAUGGCCAGUUCCAUCUGGUGGGUCAUCUUGUCGCUCACUUGGUUCCUGGCGGCCGGCAUGAAGUGGGGCCACGAGGCCAUCGAGGCCAACUCGCAGUACUUCCACCUGGCCGCCUGGGCGGUGCCCGCUGUCAAGACCAUCACCAUCCUGGCUAUGGGCCAGGUGGACGGGGACCUGCUCAGCGGGGUGUGCUAUGUGGGCCUGUCCAGCGUGGACGCGCUGCGGGGCUUCGUGCUGGCGCCCCUGUUCGUCUACCUCUUCAUCGGCACGUCCUUCCUGCUGGCGGGCUUCGUGUCUCUCUUCCGCAUCCGCACCAUCAUGAAGCACGACGGCACCAAGACCGAGAAGCUGGAGAAGCUGAUGGUGCGCAUCGGCGUCUUCAGCGUGCUCUACACGGUGCCGGCCACCAUCGUUCUGGCCUGCUACUUCUAUGAGCAGGCCUUCCGCGAACACUGGGAACGCACCUGGCUCCUGCAGACGUGCAAGAGCUACGCGGUGCCCUGCCCGCCCGGCCACUUCCCGCCCAUGAGCCCCGACUUUACCGUCUUCAUGAUCAAGUACCUGAUGACCAUGAUCGUCGGCAUCACCACUGGCUUCUGGAUCUGGUCGGGCAAGACCCUGCAGUCGUGGCGCCGCUUCUACCACAGACUCAGCCACAGCAGCAAGGGGGAGACUGCGGUAUGAACCCCGGCCCCUCCCCCACCCUUCCUUCCCGCCGCCGGGGGUGGGAAAGGGGCGGUAGGGAAAGAACUGCGGGGUGGGGGGACUUGUUUCUGGAACCUCCUUCCGCUCCAGUGAGAAGUCACCUGGAAAUGAGAAGAUAUAUGUAGAUAUAUGUGGGUUGGGAAAAGAGGCCUGGGUGGAAAGACGGUUUGGAUGAAAAGACUUCUGGCAAAGACUUGCAGGAUGAUGCUGGUGAUGGUAACAGUGAUGUUAAUCAUGUGCGGUACGGGCCGCCUUGGGCCUGUCGGAAAAGAUUGAGAUCAGAAGGUUGCUGUGAGUUCUUCCCGGCUCUGGGCCGAACUGGGACUGUGAGCGAUUUCCCUGCUGCAAGGCAAGUGGCCUGUCCUCACUCCUGUGAGGCCCGGGUGAAAGGUACAGCUGUCUGAGGCCGCUGCUUUGUUAGGAAAAGGGAGGACACCCUGCAGUGUCCUUGUCAAGCGGUGGUCAAACCAUAAUCUCUUUUCACUGGGGCCAAACUGGAGUCCAGAUGGGUUAAUUUCCAGGGUCAGACAUUACCGUCUCCACCUCUGCCUCCUCCCCGCCUGUUUUUCUUCCUCUACUCCUUUCAAGUCUUGUAAAAUAACCAUUUUGAAGUCUUGGGAGGCCAGCCUCCUAGAAUCCUGAUGUGAGGAUGCAAAAGAAAUGACAACAUUUUGCAACAAGGAAAAGGAGGCAAGUAGUAGGUAUUUCUACUACUUUUUUAUUUUCUGGGGAAGCAGAAGGAAGAAAGAAGCCUGUUUUAUUUGGUUUAAUAUCCUGAAAAGAAGUGAUGACUUGUUGCUUUUCAAAAUAGGAAUGCAUUUUUUUCCCUUGUCUUUGUUGUAAGAGACAAAAGAGGAAACAAGUGUCUCCCUGUGGAAAGGCACAACUGUGAAGACAGCAACUUUUAUAGGCAAAGCAGCGCAAAUCUGAGGUUUCCCUUUGGAUGUUAAUUUGGUUGUAAUAAACAUUCCUUUUUAAGGAAAAGUGAAGGGCAGUGUGCUUCCAUACCCCUUUCUGUCAGAGGUACUGACUUGGCUAAAGGAAAUGCAAGGGGUUUUGCUGUGUUUAAGUAAAUUUAAUUCAGAACACAUGAUCCAACAGGCUCUGUUAAAACAUUCAGGGAAAUCUCUCCCUUCAUUUUCUUUUUCUUCCCUUAAACCUGCAUUUAGGUUUUGUUUCAAUUUUUUUUUCCCUCCAAUUUGAAUCCUUCAAGAUAAAAGGAGAAGCAUAAUGCCUUUAGCCUCAUAAUAAAGGAAUGUUAAAUUUUUUAAAAAGUCAAAGGAGCAUUUUGUCCUGUUUUCUUUGUUCCAUAAAUCCGUUUAUAAAAUAUCAUGUGUAUGCUGACCCUGUCUUUGUGUGGCUGGGUGGGGAGGUGACCUGCAGAAAUGACAGUGAGUGAAGAGGACAGUUCAAACCAUGGGCCCCAUUUUUAAGGAAAGUCAUUAAAAGAAGGUAAACUUCAAAGUAAGUCUGGAGUUCUUUGAAAUGUGCUGGAUGACUUAAAUUUAUUAAUCUUAAAUCAUGUACCUUUUUUUCCUCUAUAAUAGGACUCCAAUUCCUUUGCAUAAUGGUCUAAAGCUGAACAGAGAAUCAUGGGAGCUAACCUUUACUCCACCUUUGACAUCACCCUCCAAUCCAGCAACACUAUCCUGUUUCUCAAAACGGUCUUUAAAUGCUGUUUGAAACCGUUUUUAAAUCAUAGAGGGUACUACGAGAGUACAAGUUGCUUUCUACAUGUAACGUUCAGUUGAGUGAAGCUGCUUUUUAUAUUAAAGUUUAACAUUGACCUUAUGUUUCUUAAACCUCCAAAACUGUCUCAUUUGUCAGAUUUUUAAAACUCCCACUACACAGUUUUUGACAUCUUUUGUGUUAUAUCUCUUGCAUGUGAAAUUUGUAAAAUAGAGAUGAGUGCAGUAUGUAUAUUUUGUAAAUCUCCCAUUUUUGUAAGAAAAUAUAUAUUGUAUUUAUACAUUUUUACUUUGAAUUUUUGUUUUGUUUUGCCUUUUAAAGUCUACAAGGAAGCCCCACUUUAUCACAUGUACAGAUCACAAAUAAAUUUUUUUUAAAUA